AUGAUGCUGGCGGUCGAGCCGAGUCGACGGGUUUGGAGCUCCCACUACGCGUCGCGGUCGGAGGGGCCACAGCCAUACCGGAGGCGGCCUCAUCGUGACGCGGGGUAAGCCGCUUCUGGAUUCUCACCCGUCCCUUUUUAGUUUCCUUUUUCGGGAAAUGCUGGCGGUCGAGCCGAGUCGACGGGUUUGGAGCUCCCACUACGCGUCGCGGCCGGAGGGGCCACAGCCAUACCGGAGGCGGCCCCAUCGUGACGCGGGACCCAAGAGUCUCCGCUCACUCUCCUCCUUACAGAAGACGGAAGAGAGCGCUUCACCACCACCACAUCCCCGUGCCAUAAGGAGCUUCCAGAUAUAUUCAAGAAUGGAAGAACCCUAAUCUGCACUACUCUCUUUUCCAAUCUUUCCAUCUCGUCGCCGUCAAAAUAUCCCGAGCUUGAAUUCUUCGUCUUGAUUCGGCAAUGUGGAGGCUUAAGAUUGCGCAGGGUGGCAGCCCAUGGUUGAGGACCACGAACAACCACGUAGGGAGGCAGCUUUGGGAAUUUGAACCGAAUAUGGGCACGGUUGAGCAGAUCGCUGCGGUCGAGAAGGCCCGUGAGCUGUUUCGGGAGCAUCGUUUUGAGAUGAAGCACAGUGCUGAUCUCCUCAUGCAGUUGCAGUUUGCGAAGGAGAAUCCACUUGAAAUAAACUUCCCCCACAUCAAGCUAGAAGACCAUCAAGAUGUUACAGAAGAAGUUGUCUUGACCUCUUUAAGAAGGGCUAUUAGCUGUUAUUCUACUCUCCAAGCACAUGAUGGACACUGGCCUGGGGACUAUGGCGGCCCGAUGUUCCUUAUGCCUGGCUUGAUUGUAGCUUUAUCUAUUACCGGAGCAUUAAAUACUGUUUUAUCACCAGAGCACAAGCGGGAGAUUCGUCGUUACCUCUACAAUCAUCAGAACAAAGAUGGUGGCUGGGGUUUGCAUAUAGAAGGCCACAGCACCAUGUUUGGUUCAGCUUUGACAUAUGUUACAUUGAGGUUGCUGGGUGAAGGACCUGAUGAUGGAGAUGGGGCAAUGCAAAAAGCACGAACUUGGAUUCUAGACCAUGGUGGUGCGACAACCAUAACAUCAUGGGGAAAAUUUUGGCUCUCUGUACUUGGAGUGUUUGAAUGGUCUGGCAACAACCCACUACCUCCAGAGAUGUGGUUACUCCCAUAUUUUCUCCCUGUCCAUCCUGGACGAAUGUGGUGCCACUGUCGGAUGGUUUAUUUGCCCAUGUCUUAUAUAUAUGGAAAGAGGUUUGUGGGUCCAAUUACACCUACAGUUUUAUCACUAAGGAAGGAGCUAUAUGGUUGUCCCUAUCGGCAAAUAGAUUGGAAUCGAGCUCGAAAUGAGUGUGCAAAGGAAGAUCUGUACUAUCCCCACCCACUGAUACAGGAUAUAAUUUGGGCUUCACUUCAUAAAGUUGUUGAACCUAUUCUAAUGCAUUUGCCUGGUAGCAAGUUGAGAGAGAAGGCUUUGCAUACUGCAAUGCAACAUAUUCAUUAUGAGGAUGAGAAUACUCGAUAUAUUUGUAUUGGUCCUGUUAACAAGGUACUAAAUAUGCUUUCCUGCUGGAUUGAAGAUCCAAAUUCAGAAGCAUUCAAGUUGCACCUUCCAAGAAUCUAUGAUUAUCUGUGGCUUGCAGAAGAUGGCAUGAAAAUGCAGGGUUAUAAUGGCAGCCAAUUGUGGGAUACAGCUUUCACUGUUCAAGCAAUUAUCUCAACUGACCUUUCUGAAGAAUAUGGUCCUACUCUUAGGCGGGCACAUGACUACAUAAAAAAUUCACAGGUUCUUGAAGACUGCCCUGGUGAUCUUAGCUUCUGGUAUCGCCACAUCUCUAAAGGUGCAUGGCCCUUUUCUACAGCAGAUCAUGGAUGGCCCAUAUCAGAUUGCACAUCAGAAGGAUUGAAGAACAAAGAUGGUGGUUUUGCAACUUAUGAACUCGCAAGAUCCUAUGCUUGGUUGGAGAUUAUCAAUCCUGCUGAAACUUUUGGGGACAUUGUUAUCGAUUAUCCAUGUGUUGAAUGUACUUCAGCUGCAAUACAGGCACUGACAUCAUUUAAGAAAUUAUACCCUGGCCAUCGCAGAGAUGAUAUAGAAAAUUGCAUUAGAAAAGCAGCUAAGUUCAUUGAAAUGAUUCAGCAACCUGAUGGAUCAUGGUAUGGCUCUUGGGCUGUUUGCUUCACAUAUGGCACAUGGUUUGGAGUGAAGGGAUUAAUUGCUGCCGGAAGGACCUACCAGAACAGCUCUAGCAUCCGUAAAGCGUGUCAAUUUCUGUUGUCAAAACAACUGGCAUCAGGUGGUUGGGGAGAGAGCUAUCUUUCAUGUCAAAACAAAGUGUAUUCAAAUCUUGAGGGCGACCGAUGUCAUGCAGCGAACACUGCAUGGGCCAUCUUAGCUCUAAUUGAUGCUGGGCAGGCUGAGAGAGACCCAGAACCUUUGCACCGAGCAGCAAAGGUGUUGAUUAAUAUGCAAAUGGAGAGUGGCAAUUUUCCACAACAAGAAAUUAUGGGAGUCUUCAACAGAAACUGCAUGAUUAGUUAUUCACAGUAUCGAAACAUAUUUCCAAUAUGGGCUCUUGGGGAAUAUCGCUGUCGUGUCCUGCUGACCAAGAAAACCUGAAUGCUAAUCUCUUCUGCCAUAUUAUAAUCCUUGGUCAGAAUGUUGAUGUUUUUGCCCCUCGAUCAAACUAUUCAGAGAUGCAGAUCUUACUGCUUGACUGUCAUAGAGGAAUGGGUUGCAUGAACUAUUAGACUAAUCUUCAGCUUUUAUUUGCACAAAGUGACUGCCACGGGACUCAAAUCCAUGUGAUUGCAUCUGUCAGCCCAAGCAUUUUACUAUCGCACCAAGCUAUGUUCCCCAUUGCAAUAGCAUCUGAACAAUUAAAUAUUUUCCCUUUUUUAAUAUUUUGUUGAUUGAUAAAUGCAUAUGAUGCUUGUAGUGGAAAGUUUGCUCAUGCACGCUCAACCUGUUAAUUGUGUUAAAAACGGUGAGUAAUGUAAACUAUGUGCUCAAUAUUUAAACCUUCCCUAUUUUUUACAUUUUGU